CUUUCAUACGUAUCCACCGUAUCGUAAUUCUGACGUAUCGUAAUUUCGAAAAAGAGAGAAGAGAGAAGAGAUAAUUGCAAUGUGGCACUCUUGCGUCAAAAAAAAUUUCUAACCUAAGAUGCCGAAAAGCAGAACGUUAUGUCCUAAUAAAAUUUGAGAUUUCGCAUCGAAACCAAGAAACGCGCGCGUGUAUUAAUAAUUAUGUCUAUAUUCGGUGGAUAAAAAUGAAUGUACCAUUGAUCAUUUUUGAAAUUUUCUAUUUUCUGAGUAUCUUGUUUAGAUUCUCCCAUGCAUGGGACAACGAUGAAUUGGAGGUGUUCGACGUGGUCGAGGAGGUCAAUCAAAAUUUUUACGAUGUCUUGGGCAUUACACAGUCCGCGAACGCAUCGGAGAUCAAGAAAGCUUUUAGACGUUUAUCGUUGCAGUUACACCCGGAUAAAAAUCCGGCAGAGGAUGCGGAACAACAAUUUAGAAAGUUAGUCGCUGUUUAUGACAUUCUAAAAGAUUCUGGAAAGCGACAGAAAUAUGAUAAUGUACUCGUUAAUGGUUUGCCAAAUUGGCGAUCGGCAGUGUAUUACUAUCGUCACGUUCGAAAAAUGGGACUAUUGGAAAUGAGUAUUAUUUUGUUCACACUUAUCACGAUAGGACAAUAUCUUGUAUCAUGGGCAGCAUAUUUCGAGAAACGAUAUACUUACGAACAAGUUUUAGGUAGCAAGCUUCAAAAGAUGCAAAAGAAAAGCAGAAAGAGCAAAAUGGAUGUACCAGAUUUGGCAGACAUCUUGGAAAAAAUUCCUACUCCAACUAUGUGGAAUACUCUUCCAUUUCAAUUACCAAGAUGGAUAAUAGGUUCAAUAGUAGCUAUACCUUCUACCAUUCGUCUGAUUGCUCAACUCUUGAAAGAGAGAAAAGAGAGGAAAAAGCAGGAGGAAGAGGAGGCAUUAGCACAGGAGAAUGAGCAACCAGAACCAGAAACAACAUCGCGCGGCGUUAGAAAACGUAGAUCUGGUUUUACACUACAAGAGAGAAGUAGCGGCAAUUUUAAAGAUGCCGUAAAAAAAGAAGACUGCAAUUACACGAAUCAUGUCUGUGAAAAGCCAACGAUAUCUGGUGGCUUGUGGACUGACAAUGACAUAUUGGAGCUGAUAAAAUAUGUGAAAAAAUACCCUGGUGGAACUCCGGAACGAUGGGAGAAAAUCGCGAGUGUUAUGAAUCGCUCUGUCGCGGAAGUGACACAUAUGGCUAAAAAGGUAAAAGACGAAGGUUUGAAACCUAUUGAAUUAAUUGAGGAGGAAGUUGUAGAAGAAAGACCAAAGAAGAUUAAGACCCGCAGCGAAAAUACAGUCAGUACUGUCGAAUGGAGUCAGGAACAACAGAGAGCAUUAGAGGCGGCUCUCACGAAAUACCCCAAGGGUGCAUCCGUAGAUAGAUGGGAAAAAAUUUCAAAUUGCGUCGAAGGGAAAACAAAAGAAGAAUGCCAAGCGCGCUAUAAACAAUUGGUAGAAUUAGUGAAAAAGAAGCAACAAUCUCAAUAGUUCUACUAAUAUGAGAUUCUGUUUUUCCGAAGACUUUGUAUAUUAUCAAGCCAAGAAAUAGUAUUUUAUUGAACUAUAGCACAAGUGCGGAAACAAAAAAAAAAGUGAUAUCUCCCAAAUAUAUUGAUCCUCAUUUA